UUGAGUCUGGCGCCUUAGACCACUCGGCCAUCCUGACGAGUUGUUUAUGUAUUUCAUUGGUUUUUAUUAGUAGAAUAUAAAAUCGAAUUAAAAUAGAAUGUUGUGAAGUGGCUAAGGAACCAUAGGCGCAAGAGAGAAGAAGAAGUUGAGCAAAGAGGAAAAGAUAAUGGGAAUGGAGUUGCUGGCUUUGAAUUCAUCACCACUAUGCAAUGUUACUACAACUACAACUACAACUAGGACUAGGAGGAGAAUUCAUUACAAACCCUACAAUUUCAAUUUCAUGGCUAUCAUCACAUCUGCUUCCAAGGUAUAUGAUUCAGUGUUAGAGAACAAAAAGCAUGUCCUUUUAACCUCUCUUCAAGACACACACAGAGGACUCUUAACAACUCCUCAUCAACGUUCUUCUAUUGAACAAGCACUAGUGAAUGUAGAAGGGACCAACAUCGGUCACCCAAUUGAUUUCAACAAACUCGAUGGAACAUGGCGCCUCCAAUACACUUCUGCUCCUGAUGUUCUCAUUCUAUUCCAAGCUGCUGCUACACUUCCUUUCUUUCAAGUUGGACAAAUAUUUCAGAAAUUUGAAUGCCGUCAUAACUCUACCGGAGGUGUUAUUCGAAAUGUUGUCCGCUGGAGUAUUCCAAAUUUGUUAGAGGAACAAGAAGGUGCUACGUUGCUUGUAUCUGCCAAAUUUACUCUUGUAUCUGCACGCAAUAUUUACCUUCAAUUUCAAGAGAUCACACUUCAAGAUAUAAAUAUUAGUGAACAGGUCCAGGCUCUAAUAUCUCCAGCAUUACUACCGCGCUCUUUUAUAAGUUUGCAGAUCUUGCAAUAUCUACGUACUUUCAAAGCUCAAAUUCCCGUGAGGGAUCCAGGAAGGGAAUCCGUAGGAGGAUUAUAUUAUCUUAGCUAUUUGGAUGAUAAUAUGCUUUUGGGCCGUGCUGUUGGUGGAGGUGGUGUUUUUGUGUUUACAAGAGCCCAAUCACUUUACUGAUGACCAUUCAUCAGUAGUAGUUCAAAACUCAGACCGCUUGACAGAAAUAUUACAGUAACACUCCAUGAGCCAUCGUCACGGAACAUAUGGAGAAGAAGAAACAAAAUGGAGGAUUAUAUGAUAGAAGUUGAUAAUGCAGUCUAAAUUCACCCUCCUAAACUACCUCAAACACCUGAAUCAACACUGCUAGAUAAAAAUGAUUUAAACAGAAUUGUGCCAGGUGACCUUGUUGAUUCCAUAACAACAAAGGGGGUAGGUAGCACGAUCGGAAAAGGGUCACAGUUAAGAAGAUCUCUGAGAACAAUUGGGGAAACUGAUUAGUGGCCCUGAUAAAUGGUAUUUUUGGUGUUUUUAACCUUUUUUCACUUUGAAAAAUAUGCAGAAGCCAUCUGUUUGUUCUGUCAUCAUCUCUCUCAUUUUAGCUGAGAGAGCUUCCAGCAAUAAUGUAUUAGCUCCUAUUCGACGAGGUCAUAAACUUGCAUCUAUGAUUUGGCUUGCUGUUGUUGAUAAUUUGGAAGAAAACCACCACACCUUUUGCUUACUUAAACGCCUUGCACGCGAAGGGGAUGUUUUUCUUCCAUACCCUUACACUAGAUCUGUUAGAGUCAAAUGGAGGGUGUUUGAGAAGUUUUUACUGAUUUUCGUGAUUGCUUCAACCAUGCAGAUUAUUAUGAUAUGUUGGCAUGUGCUAAAAGUAGGACAUUCUCAAAGCAAAUAAAAUUGUUGUUUUCAGCUUUGCAAAUGAAUCACAGUUAUUCAAUAUACCAUACUAGGCACAAUUCAUCAAUUAUAUUGCUAUCUAAGUCAAUAGCUAACACCAUUUCUUUAAUAUAGAGUUGUCUCUUCCUUAAA